UUUCAACAGGACGUACUAUGGGGCUAUGACCUAGUUUCCAUGUGGCUUCCUAAAGCGUACUCAAAGGCUCCAAGCAUAUAUAAAUAUUUAUUUUUUUAGGUCAAUGCUCAUCAUCCUAUAAUAUUAUAUAUAUAUAAGCCUCUUCCUGUGCUAUCUUGGAUAACAAAAAAAAAAAAAAAAAACUGAAAAAGCUUGCUAGCAAACAUGGCUUCUUCUUAUUCUUCUAAUUCUUUGCUUUUGGUUAUAUACGCAAUAAUAUUGUUGGCAUCUCAGUUCUUUUAUGUAUCAGAGGCUGAUCAUACCUCUGCACCUGUGGUGAAGGGACUCUCGUGGAAUUUUCACCAUUCAAGCUGUCCUAAAGUGGAAACCAUUGUGAGAAAACACCUCAGGAAGGUCUUCAAGGAGGAUGUUGGAUUAGCUGCUGGUUUGCUUCGCCUCCACUUCCAUGACUGCUUUGUUCAGGGAUGCGAUGGUUCUGUUUUGCUUGAUGGGUCCGCUAGUGGGCCUAGUGAGAAAGAGGCGCCUCCGAACUUGAGUUUGAGGGCUGGAGCGUUUAAGGUCAUCGAGGACCUCCGUGAGCUUGUGCAGAAAGAGUGCGGAAGAGUAGUCUCAUGCGCUGAUAUCACUGCCCUUGCUGCCCGUGAUGCUGUUUACUUGUCCCAGGGCCCUUAUUAUGAUGUUCCCUUGGGAAGGCGGGACAGCCUCAACUUCGCAACAAGAAAUGCCACACUAGCCAAUAUCCCCCCACCAAGCAGCAACACCAGUGCCCUCCUCACCUUUCUUGCUACCAAGAAAUUGGACGCUACAGAUGUCGUAGCCCUCUCCGGUGGCCACACCAUCGGACGCAGCCACUGCACCUCUUUCACUGAUAGACUCUACCCGAACCAAGACCCAACCAUGGACGACUCCUUAGCUGAGGACCUCAAAGGCAUUUGUCCCACUGCGAAUACCACCGCCACCACUGUGAUGGACAUCCGAACUCCAAACAAAUUCGACAACAAGUACUACAUUGGACUCGUGAACCGGCAAGGCCUCUUCACGUCCGACCAAGACUUGUACAUGGACAGUAGGACUCGCGACAUUGUCACCAGCUUCGCUGAUGAUCAGACUCUUUUCUUCGACCAGUUUGCGCUUUCCAUGAUAAAGAUGGGGCAGCUGAGUGUGUUGACUGGCAGAAAAGGAGAAGUUCGUGCAAAUUGCUCCGUCAGGAAUUCCGAUAAUCAUUCAUAUCUCACGUAUAUGGUGGAAGAUGAUGAGGAAUCUAAGUCAGAGCUUCGGUAAGGAAUUCGGAGAAGAUGACGACGAAUAUAGGUCGAUUGGAGCUUUAAGGGUAGUUGCAGUGUUUGAAUUGUGGACAUGUUUAUGUUUGUUUUUCAUUGCUUGUUAGGUGUGGAACUUUGUUAUAAGGUGCUGAUUAAGUUGUAAAAAUAAAUGUGGUUGACUUAUUAAAGCA